AUGGAAACGCCAACGCUGCCCGAUAGCCAGGUGCCGAUGGAUGCAGUCGAUGGAACCCCGCGACUGGAGACGACCGCUUUGUCGGAGCAACCUGACAACCAGCUUGGACAAUUUUCUGAUGGGCCUUCAGCUGACGACCUACCAGCUGACGAGCCAACAGCCGAAGAGCCACCAGCUGGUCAGGCAGGAGGGAAACGCUCAGAGUCAGAGGAGCCGCAGGAACAGGUCGUACCCGCGAGCCAAGACCAGAAGGUCCAAUGCCAAAAGUGCCUCUCUCAGGUUUACGUCUAUGAUGCCCAGGCCAGGGGCAAGGUUUGGUGGUGUAAACCAUGCAACGCGAUCAACUCCAUGCUGCGCAGAAAUCUUUCUUGGCCGCCGGCCGAGUUCAGUGCAUUAGAUUCGGACGCUCAGGCUGCAUUUUGGCAGAGAUGUCAAGCUGCGAAAGAUGCAGCUGGAGAAGGGAGACUUCGGUAUGACCGCCUGCGAGACGUCCUGAUCACGAGCCUGACCACCCAGGUCACGAACGAGCUCACCAAGAAGAGCUGCGGCGAGCGCGGUUACAAUGUGGAGAGCCUUCAGCAGAAUGCGCCGAGCAUCUUUGACCCCAUCCUACAGGAAGAUGUCUAUUGCUUGCCAGUCACUUCGCUCCAAGAGAAGGAGAUCCGAGCGCAGAUUGAGACUUCUGAGGAGGAGGAGAAGUUGACGGCAAAGCAGCUUGAGGCGCUACGAAAGAAGCAGGAGCGGGAAGCCAAGAGCAAGGCAGCCAAAGAGCAGCGAAAGCAGGAGCAAGCGGAACAGCGUGACAGGCUGAAGAACAACAAGACCAUCGUCAACCUCUCAGGUAAGGCUGUGCAGAUCCUGCAGCCUUUGAAGGAUGAGCUGGGUCAGCAUGUCUCAGACCCUGACACGAACCCGUUGCUGAAGGAGAACUUGACAUCAUGCCAUGUGUUGCUUACCGCGUGGCACAAAGCUGCAGCAAGCGCUUUGCAGAAACAUGCAAGGAAUGCAGCAGCAGCGCUGGAUCCACUGCCCUUCAACGGUGAGAAGGACAUGAUGGUUGAAGUCAAGGCCGCAAAGCGGUACUUGCAGGAGGCCAAAGCAAACGCUGCUGGGUCAAAGAAGAGGAGGAUCAAGCAGUGA